AUGAUCGUGAUCCAUAAUGAGAGGACAAGGUACAGAAGGCGGUGGCUGCCAAGGUUCAAGUGGGGGGCCCUCUUGUGUGCGAUGGUCCUGAUCUACGGCUCCCACGCGCCGCUCAUUGCGCUGAGCAAAGUCGAGGGCCGCCUCCCUUACGAUCCUUCUUCGUGCGUUGUUAUGAUUGAACUGGCCAAGCUGCUUGUGUCUUUGGCCACUCUCGUUACCACCGAGGGCACUUGGGCCUUACUCGCCCUUCCCUCUCCGUACCUUGUUGCCGCCUACGCCGUCCCUGCGACGCUCUAUGCCCUCAACAACAACCUGGUUGUCCUCAUGCAGGCUUACAUGGACCCCAGCUCUUUCCAGGUUCUCAGCAACCUAAAAAUUGCCACCACCGCGAUGCUCUACUCCCUGUGCCUGGGCAGGAAGCUGCGUUGGAGUCAGGUGUUCAGUCUGGGCCUCCUUAUGGUGGCAGGAGUGUGCCACAGCUACUCGAUAUUUGAUCCGGCAGAUGUGGACUCAGCGCAACGAGAAGCUCAGCUUCAUAUCACGGCGUGGGGGCUCUUCCUCAUGCUGGUGUACUGCUGCGUCUCCGGUCUGGCGGCUGUUUAUACAGAGAAGAUACUGAAAAGCCAGAAGCUGCCACUCAGCCUGCAAAAUUUCUACCUCUAUGUUUUUGGCGUGCUCAUUAAUGGGCUUGCCUCGUUCUCCGCCCUCACAAGCGACAAGAGUUUUCUGGAAGGAUACUCAUGGAGCGUUUGGGCCAUCGUAGCAGGACAGGCAGUUAACGGCCUCUUGAUGUCUGUGGUGUUGAAACACGGCAGCGGCAUCACGCGGCUCUUCAUCAUAUCCUGCUCUAUGUUGGUCAACGCUCUGAUUUCGUGGGCCAUUUUAGGGCUCCAACUCACUUUCUUCUUCCUAAUACCACUCUGCAUGGUGGCCCUCGCUACUUUUCUUUACUACACGUAGUGGAGUCUUCACCAAAGCGCCAAUAACUGCCUUUUUAUCCUGCCUUCUCUCUUUGUCGUUUGUCAAAAAUCAUGUUUUCCCUCACACAUUUACUGGUCAAUGACUGUAUUUUCACAACCAUAAGGUGCACCAAAAAGGAAAUAAAUUCUCCAAAAUGGACAGUGUGCCUAAUAAAGUGGUGCGCCUAUUGUGUGGACUGAGCAAUUUUUGAAAAGGCGGCCGUAAGUGAGAGCCACAUGAGAACUUUAAAGGGAGAAGGUGGUGUGUGAUGGUAGGCAUGCUCCCAGUAGCUGUAACACUCGAGUGUAUGCGUAAAGGCUUAUUUGUGCUUCUCCGUUGUGGUAACGGAGGACCUACGCUGUUUACGAGGACCCGAUUUACAACCCAAUCCUACUACCCUGACAUGCGGCUCCCAAAAAUCCUGACUACGCGUUGUGACAUGAACGUCAAAGGACUGUGAUCAGUCCGCUCUGAACGUUAUUUCCAUUCAGCACAACACCGCUGUUUUCAAACAUUCGCAAACGUCUUCUAUGUCGCCUACGCUGUUCAAUUCGGAUACAGCAGAUGAGGACUUUGAUUUGUGGAUUGAUUAAGAUUGAUGUGAGUACUUUAUAAAAUUCUUUAAGUACAUUUGAACUCAGUUUUGCUCCCGCUGCCUUUAAAAAAAAAAAAAAAUGCUAGCGUGCAUAUUAGCGUGCAUGCUAGCGUACGUUUUUCCUGUGCCCAUGUGCGGUGCGCCUUGUGUGUGUGUGUUAAAUACAACAAUUUCACACGAAAAUGAGCCUGCACGUUUUAAUACGGUGCGCCCUGUGGUCGUGAAAAUAUGGUACACAGAGCUAAUAAGGUCCGGUGUAAGAGAAAAAUGUCUGCUCCAGAAUGCUGAAGAAAAUGUUUUGGUUUAAACUCUUAAAGGGAUCCACGGAUGGAAAGACUUGUAGUUCUUAAAAGAUAAAUGUUAUUAUGAGUUAAAAUAAUUUGAUAUUGAAACCCCUCUUGAUGCUUUCGUUUUUACGCAGUUUGUAAAAUUAGUCGCAGGGCGGUGACGUCACAUGGUUACGCUGCCGAGCUUCCAGAGUAUGACUCUAGUGACAUGAACAUGUCAUCUGUUCAACCCUUUCAGUUUGAACCCGAGAGGAACAUUAAUGAGCAUGACAGCACUGUCGAGUUUUCACAAAACAAGAGCAGCAAAAGAAAAAUGAACAGGAAAGACAGGAUGAGACGAGACGAGAGUAGGAAAAAAAAAGUUCUGCCAAAAUGUGCUACACCAGCGCAGUGUUGUUUUCGUCAACGAUGACGAUAACGAAAAUAUUUCGCCAGCGAACAAUUUUUUCGAGACAAUGCCGAGCUAAAAACGCGUCUCAGGUGACUAAAACAUUAAGAAAUGGAUGCCAGUUUUAUUGGACGAGAACAAGAUGAAAAUUCGCUAUAGUUUCUGUCACAUUUUCUUAUUGUAUGUGUAGUUAGCACCUGUGAAACACAUGUUUGGUGCUGCUUGGUUAGUUUUGUCUUGGCUAAAUAUGCCAUGUUGCUUUAGCUGAAUACAACUUGUAGUGUUAGCAUUAGCAUUUAGCGUGCUGAGUAUCGUCUGAAACUCUUGGAAAACUUUACAUACUGUUCCUGGCGUUCAGGUGAGUUUAAUUCAUUGAAAAUAAUGCACUAUGUUCCUGCUGAGUUUGUAUUAUCAUCACAAAUAUGGUUAUAUCCUUGUACACUCUACAAUUAUGUGCUCAUCUGUCAAUGUUCAUUCGAAAAUGUUGGUAAUAUUAUUUAUUGAUUUAAUCAUGGACAAAAAAUAUGUUUUCAGACAAAAACAUUUUGAGUAAUUGUCGACUAAAACGAGAUUAAAUUUUUGAGUUUUCGUAGACGAAGAUGAACACAUUUUGAUAUGACUGAAAUAUGACUAAGACUAAUAAGUAUUUUCGUCCAAAAGACUAAGACGAAAAUUAAAACAGCUGCCUAAAACAACACUGCACCGGCGAAACGUCUACACGAGACGAAUUUGACACCCUUAGUACUACCAUGCUCUUUCAGCCUGUUUUGUUUAGAGGUAUACAGACAGAACAUACUAAAGAUCCCUUAAGAAAAUACUUAAAUGUAGUAAUAUCAAAUAAGAGUGGUUUAAAUAUGUUCCCUGACUAAUGUGGUCAACAGAGCAACAAUCUGCUUUAAAGCUACCAUAAGAAAACACAAUGCUUAAAAGUAUGAGAGGGAAACGCAUGCAAAAAGUAUUUUGAAAAGGAAAUAAAAGACUCAAUAAAAACACAAAUGGUAAGUAUUCGCCGCUUUUAACCAAUGUGCGCAUGUGUUGGGCGGGCAUCUCGCUGCGUAGAAGGAAUUGCAGUAACCCAGUAGUGUUCGUCUAGUGACAGUGACAAACUACGACAUCACCCUGAGCGUCAAUUGCGCACAUAAAACACUGUGCCCUCCAUAGGUCAACAUGUACUAAAUAUUAUACAUUUUUAAAUCAAUGGCAAUAUUUUACGUGUUUCUAAUAACAUUUUAGUAAAAGAGAACAAUUGUGGCAAAUUAGAGCCUAUAAGUCUUUAAGUCCGAGUUUCCCUUUAAGUGCAAAGUACUUACACAAAAAUGCUCUGUCUGAAUUUGGGUGUGUUUGUACUUUGAACUUGAUCUGAUAGUUGCCCUAAUAUAUCAACAUCGAGUAAUUCACCAAUGAUCUGCCACUGCAAAUUACCUCCGUAAAUAUCAUGAAUACCUUAUUACAUACUAUACCUACAUUAUGUAUGUGUAAAGACAAGAUGUGAUUCUUGUAUUAGAUUUCAUUGUAUGCCAUAAUUGUAUUUUUGAAAGUUCCAUUCAUGAGUUUUCUCUGCUGGUUUGAGUCAUUUCAAAUAAUUCCAAUAAAUGUUAUGUUCAGGAGUAAUGCUUAAUUUGUUUUGUUUUUCAUUUAGUCCUGUAAAUUUCCACACUUAAAUCUUUUAGUCAUUUUUCAGGAUGGAUGCUGGAGCCUUCGGCUCGCCUCUCUUGGUCAGUGUAUCCUUUAACUCUCCCAGAGCUGUAAAACAAAGAAUUCCCCUGUGACGAACAGCGCGGCAAGUGUUUACACAAACACACCUCUACGAAGUUGUUUGUUGUCGGCUUGUAGCCGCUGGUUCUGAGCAGACAGUUGAACUGCGUCGUGCACAGCCUCCAGAAGUAUGCUUUUGUACCUGGCCUCCGAUAUCCUUUUCUGAUCCUCGCUUGAUUCGUGAAAUCUCCUGAACACCUUCAACAAUGGAGAGAAAUUUGCCAUUCUGAAUUAAUGGAAAAUUUAGGCUACUUCAUGCAGCUGAAAUCACAGAUUUAUACCACAGUAAAAGAAUAAGCUUCAGCGAGAAAGUUGACAUUUACGCCCUAACCCACCUGGCGACUGUCUUCCCUCCAACGUCGCAGCUCAGUUUGGUGCUUGUGAUGCUGCUCCUGCAGGUGCUUGCGAGCCUGCUGAGCUUCCGCUCGCAGGGUCUCCAUCUGCAGCAGCAGAAUCUGUCUUUCUCUGCUCAGCACUAGCAACUCUCUCUCCGCACUCUAAAGUACAUUUAAUUCGUUAAUUUUCGUUAUUCAAACUUUACUCUGAUUCUACCGUGUUGUAGAAUUUUCUUAAGUUCCUUCAAAACAUACUGAUGUCUUAUUGCAUGACUCAACAUCCUCUCCCAAGAUGGAUGACGGGCUGAAUGAAACAAAAUAUACGCAUAGAGUCUAUCACCUCAUCUCAUUAUCUUACUGAAAGCUGCUCUCCCGCCAAGUCUCUCUCCAUUUUCUCCACCUCCCUCUGAAUUAAGCUCCCACUGAGCUCCUUCAGUUGCUUCCCACGCUCAUGUGCACGGCUGUCUUCAAACAGAUACUCAUCAUUUAGCUGAAAAAAGCCAUAGCGAGGGUGUGUUGUACAUACAGACGAAGCGACAAAUGAUUAAAAGGCACACAAGAAGUGCGAUGAAGUGUGUUACUUGUAGACAGAGGUCACAUUUUUCUGCAGUUAUGUUCUUCAUCAGUCCCUCUUUGAGAGCAUCCUUCAACUGCAGGAUCCUCGUUAUGCUUUCCUGGACUUUCUCCAUGCAUCGUCGGUCCUCUAUGGAAAUGGCGCAUGCAGCAAAUAACAUGCCAAUCACUGGCUACAACGCGCAGCGCUCAAAAGUUGAGAUGAAUGUGAAUACAGUAUAAGAGGUUAUUCCCCGGGGUGAAGGUACUCCCUGACAAAACGGUC